AUCGAACAACUACCAUUACCUUGUAUGAAUUCGCCUUGGUACCAGCUGAAAGACAGCAAAUAAACGUCAUCUAUUUUUUAUUUAUCCUUCAAAUGGAAGAAAAAUUACAACUUUUGUAUAUAAUUUUUAAUUAAACGGAAAAAAAUCAAUAAAAAACAAGUUAAUUGAAAAGAAAAAUAUAUAAAACUUCAAACAUGGAGGAUGAAUUACCCAAAGAAUUUGAUUUAAUAGUUAUUGGAACUGGUUUUCCAGAAUCUUGUGUGGCAGCUGCUGCCAGUAGAAUUGGCAAAACUGUACUACACAUAGAUCCCAAUGAGUAUUAUGGUGGCUCGUGGGCCUCAUUUAAUUUAGAUGCCUACAAUACAUUCCUGCAACAGUCUCAAGACUGUGGUAAUAACAAUGAGAUACGUAAUGCUAGAUAUGAAUGGCAUAUACCAGCUGAAGUGGAGGCGGUGGUUGAAACUGUCGAGGAAAGUGCAGCCAAUCAAACGGAUGAUAUGAAAUCAAAAACACAAGAAGAACAAUGGUCUGUGGAUAAACUAAUGAAAUUAUCGCGUAAAUUUAAUUUGGACUUGUGUCCUAAGAUUUUAUAUUCCUCCGGCUCCUUAGUCCAGCUGCUUAUAUCCUCAAAUAUUUGCCGUUAUGCUGAGUUUAGGGCAGUAGAUCGUAUAUGCACUCAAUUUCAAGGUCAACUACUAAAUGUACCCUGUUCUCGCAGUGAUGUUUUCAAUACAAAAGACUUGAGCAUAGUAGAAAAACGUCUGCUAAUGAAAUUUCUUACUUUGUGUCUAACCUUUGGUGAGGACAAAUGUGAAGAGGAUACUUCCGAAUUUAGAGGCAAAACAUUUGCUGAAUACUUGCGUGUGCAAAAGGUAACGGAAAAAAUCAAUAAAUGUGUAAUGCAAGCCAUAGCCAUGGCCAAUGAGGAGACACCCUUUGAAGUGGGUAUGGAACGUACCAAAAAGUUCUUGCAGAGUCUCGGCCGUUACGGCAAUACUCCAUUUAUUUUUCCCAUGUAUGGUUGUGGUGAAAUACCACAAUGUUUCUGUCGACUGUGUGCUGUUUUUGGUGGCAUUUACUGUUUGAAACGACAAAUUACUGCGGUGAAUGUGGAUGAGUCCGCUCAAAUGGCUACCAUAGAGGUGGAUGGUCAACAGUGUAUAAAGGCUAAGAAUAUUGUUUGUUCUUCGAACAAUAUGCCCAAGCAGUUGAGAGGAUCUCAGCCAAAGAAUUAUUUGUCGAGAGCUAUAUUUUUGGCCUCUACACCAUUGGGCAGUGAAGAGCUUAAUAAUGGCGGUGGGGGUGUUAAUCUUUUGAGACUAAUUGAUGGGGAGGGUAAACGUGAAGCUAUUCUCAUACAGUUGUCUCAUUAUUCGGGAACAUGUCCUAAGGGAUUGUUCAUUUUCCACUUAACAACCCCAGCCAUAAGCGAUCAACCCAGCAUGGACUUGGAACCUUUUGUGCAACAAGUAUUCAAUAACUCCUUACCAACAGCACCUAAACUAUUAUACUCCUCAUACUUCUCCAUAGCCAGUUAUGAAUUGGAAAAUAAUCUUUCAACUUUAAUCUAUAGUACAGCACCACCCUACUAUGAGUUAGACUAUGAUUUAUCUAUUGAUAAUGCUCGUGCUAUUUUCUCUAAACUAUAUGAAAAUUCGGAAUUUCUACCAAGAGCUCCUGAUCCAGAAGAGAUUGUUAUUGAAGGAGAAGAUCCUAAGGCAUUGAGUGAACAACAGCUGCCAGAUGAUUUACGCGAACAAUUGCGUCAAUUAGAAGCAUUUACCGAACAAAUGGAAAUAGAAGAAGAUGCAGCCGUGAACUCUACUAAUGUAGAGGCGGCAAGUGAGGAAAUGAUUUCGGAAUAGAGACGGCAGUAAUUAUUGCAAAAUUAAGGACUUUCUUUAUAUUUUUUUACUAUUUUAAGGCUUAAAACAGUAUAAUCACGGCAUAUUUUUAUUACUAUUUAUAAUUGAUAAAAGUAUAACAAAUAAAAAAAGCACUUUUAUUAUAUAAAA